AUGGCAUCAGUUGAAACCGAAAUGGCCGACGCGCCGGCUGGCGCGCGUCAGUCGCUGCACAUCUCGGACGUGCCCGACGAGGUCCUCGUGCUCAUCUUCGAGAACUUGAGAGGCAGGUGCAUUAGCGAAGACGAUUUCGACCCCACGAUCGGCGUCCGCGAUGUGCAAAACCUGCGCCUGACCUGCCGCCGCUUUUGCGAGGCCAGCUCUCACCUUCUAAUCCAUACCGUCUGUGUUGCCAUGGAACCACAGUCGGUUUCUCGCCUGGGUUUGAUAGCUGCUCACCCCUCUAUCAGCAAGGGCGUACGACGCAUCAAGGUGCUGUUACACUACUACCACUCCCAGCUGGCCGGCGACUUCCGGCGCUUCUUCCACUAUUGCAAGGCGGGGAUCGAGACCUUUAUUACGUUGGUUGAAAGUCAUUUGACAAACGAGGAACCUGAGAACCAGGAAGUCGCCAAUCGGGGUAAACUCUUGAUCGACAUGACCACGUCGAUCUUUGAGGCUCUGGAUAUGGGUCUAGAUGCGUAUGAGGAUGGAACGCUCCCUGCCGCCGAACCCGUGGUGUUGCAACAUUUAGGGCCAAUUAUUCUAGCCCUUGAUGGGUAUCAAAAGCGUAUGGCGGAACAGGAUAUAUUGCGAUACGGCGGAGGCUUUGCUGAGUCGGUCGCACAUGCGAUGGCAUCCAUGCCCAUGGUUCGAGCACUUGAGAUCACCGACUGUAGGCAGAAGGCUUUGGCUUUGGAUUGGCCUCCGGCGCCGAUUAUCGACCGAGGGUCUUGGCCAGAAUUCCUAGAACCGCUGGAGUGGUGGGAGGCUACUACAUAUGGAGUUGGUUCGCCACCAUUGGACGCCAUGGUCAACAUUAUCGGAUCCCUUUCGAGGCCGGGCAUCCUGCUCACCAGGAUGAACAUGAAUGUGACUCUCCUCUGGACUGGAUGGCGCUGCCCGCAAUCGACGAUGAUUGUCGCCGGCUGA